AUGGCAGAGAAUACAUAUGACAGCAAGCCUCAAAAGUACAAUGACCCAGUCCUAAUCCCAGGGGCAAGGUACCCAGCAGGACCUGGUGAUAGAUACUCUGCUGUUGCCCGCAUUCAGGAAUUCUUCAGGCAAAGAAAAGAAAGGAAAGAAAUGGAAGAAUUGGAUACUUUGAGUAUUAGAAGGCCACUAGUAAAGAUGGUAUAUAAGGGACAUCGCAACUCCAGGACGAUGAUUAAAGAAGCCAAUUUCUGGGGUACUAACUUUUUAAUGAGUGGUUCUGACUGUGGCCAUAUCUUCAUCUGGGAUCGCCACACUGCUGAGCAUUUGAUGCUUCUGGAAGCUGAUAAUCGUGUGGUGAACUGCCUGCAGACGCAUCCAUUUGACCCAAUUCUGGCCUCAUCUGGGAUAGAUUAUGACAUAAAGAUCUGGUCACCACUAGAAGAGUCAAGAAUUUUUAACCGGAAACUUGCUGAUGAAGUUAUAACUCGAAAUGAACUCAUGCUCGAAGAGACUAGAAACACCAUUACAGUUCCAACCUCUUUCAUGUUGAGGAUGUUGAAUCAUAUCCGAGCUGAUCGCUUGGAGGGUGACAGAUCAGAAGGCUCUGGCCAGGAAAAUGAGAAUGAAGAUGAAGAAUAA